GGUUGUCAAGCUGUUGACACUGAAACCACCUAGGCCAACCGUCUUGCUGAGGAUUUUCCAUUUUUGCAACCUUCUUGAACCCAUUAUUUUCUCUUCCUCUCUGAGUUUGUUUCACCACCCCAAGUUUAUAUCAUUUUCUUUCUUCUCUUUCGGCUUCAUUACUCCCUUAUUUUUUGUUCUUCAAUCAGUUUAUAUUACCAAUCCUAGAUAUUUAUUUAUCGUCAUGGAUCCCUCGGAACUUCGACGUAUUUUUCAAAUGUUUGACCGCAAUGGCGACGGACGGAUCACGAAGAAGGAGCUGAGCGACUCGUUAGAGAACCUGGGCAUCUUCAUUGCAGACACAGAUAUGAUCCAAAUGAUCGAGAAGAUAGACGUGAAUGGCGACGGGUACGUGGAUAUCGACGAGUUCGGAGCAUUGUACGAGACGAUAAUGGGCGACAGGGACGAGGAUGAGGACAUGAAGGAAGCGUUCAACGUGUUUGACCAGAACGGAGACGGGUAUAUAACGGAGGAGGAGCUGAGAUCGGUGCUGGCUUCAUUGGGGCUGAAGCAAGGGAGAACCAUAGAAGAAUGCAGGAGGAUGAUCGAGAAGGUGGAUAUUGAUGGAGAUGGGAGGGUCAACUUCAAGGAGUUUAAGCAGAUGAUGAAAGGUGGGGGCUUUGCUGCCCUCACUUAAAAAGAUCAUCAUGUAGAGGCUUUUCUUUUUUCCUUUUGAUUUGAGAAAUAUACAGAGAUUGAAAGAAGUAGGUACGAAGAGGAGGAACCUUAAUGAUUCUUCUCUUGGAGUCCUCUUGUAUUAUUUUUCUGAAAGAAUACAACAUGCUUCUUCUUUCUUCGUGGGUGCCAUACCAGAUUAUAUAGAAAAGAAAGA